CUUAACAAGUAAACAAAACAUUGCAAAGCAUACAAUCAAUCUUGUUCUUAUUUUAAAUUUUGGUUUGAAAUUCGAUAUUCUGUAUUAUAUGGUAUUGUGACAUUUCUUUCAACAUUUGGAAAAUGGCCGCAAUAUCUAUGAUAAAGGAUUAUGGAAGUGACAGCGAUGUUUCCGCUGACGAUGCAACUGAAAUCCCAGAUAGUACCAAAAGCAUUAUAGAACUUAAAAGUAAAUUCAAUAUAAAUGCUGCUCCUUUGGUUGAAUAUAAGGAGAAAUUUGACAAAGCACUCUGUGUUGAUCCUCUGAGCCGAACAAUAAGUUAUAAUCCAAAAUAUGAAGAAUUGUAUGCUCCAGUAGCAGGACCUGAAAACCCUUUCAAAACUCAACAACAGAAAGCAGAUAAGAAUACUCUAGCUGGUUUUGUUGAACCUGCAAAUAUAAGUGAUUUUCAUUUUGAAUGUCAACGUAGAACUUUUGCAAGUUAUGGUUAUGCUGUUGAUCCUAGUUUGAAUGAUGCAGAAAAAACAAAAGAUAAACUUAUUACAUCUGAUCCUGCGAAAGAAGAUUCUGAAACUGUUGAAGACAAAGUUACUGUGUUUGAUAAAGUAAAAGAAAGGGAUGGUGAUAAACGGAAACGAAAAAAGAAUGCAGAUGCAUCAGAUAUAGAUGGUUUUCUUGGACCUUGGGGUGGUUAUAUUGAUGAAAAAAGAGUUAUGAGGCCAUCUGAGGAAGAACAGGAAGAAUUAGAAGAAAUUUUAGCAAAAAGACAAAAACGUGGAAAAGUUACAGAGGACAAAGCAAUGGACGAAAAAUCGAUACUUCACAUCAAAGAUGCAUAUGAUUAUCAAGGAAGAUCAUUUCUUCAUGUUCCUCAAGAUGUUGGUGUCAAUCUUAAAUCAGAAGAUCCACCAGAAAAAUGUUUUAUCCCCAAGAAACUUCUCCAUACUUGGUCAGGUCAUACAAAAGGCAUUUCAGCUAUCAAAUGGUUUCCCAAGUCAGCUCACUUGUUGUUAUCUUGUAGUAUGGAUUGCAGAGUAAAGCUUUGGGAAGUCUAUAAUGAAAGGAGAUGCAUCAGAACUUACAUUGGUCAUAAACAAGCUGUUAGAGAUAUAUGCUUUAAUAAUGCUGGAACUCAAUUUUUAUCUGCUGGCUAUGACAGAGAUGUAAAAUUGUGGGAUACAGAAACAGGAAAAUGCUUAGGACAAUUUUCAAAUAGAAAAAUUCCUUAUUGUGUGAAAUUUAAUCCAGAUGAUGAUAAACAGCAUCUUUUUGUUGCUGGUACAUCUGAUAAAAAAAUAGUUUGUUGGGACAUCAAUUCAAAUGAAAUUGUACAAGAGUAUGAUCGUCACUUAGGAGCAGUAAACACUAUAACUUUCGUUGACGAGAAUCGUCGUUUUGUUUCAACAUCUGAUGAUAAAAGUUUGCGUGUCUGGGAAUGGGACAUACCUGUUGAUAUGAAGUAUAUUGCAGACCCAACCAUGCACUCAAUGCCAGCUGUCACUUUAUCACCCAAUGGAAAAUGGUUAGCAUGUCAGUCCAUGGAUAACAAAAUAAUGGUUUUCUCAGCUUUAAACAGAUUCAAGUUGAACAGGAAGAAAACAUUUACAGGACACAUGGUGGCUGGAUAUGCUUGUAGCUUAGACUUUUCUCCUGAUAUGAGUUAUAUUGUAUCAGGAGAUGCUGAUGGAAAAGUAUAUAUAUGGGACUGGAAAACAACAAAACUGUUCAGUAAAUUUAAAGCACAUGAUAAUGUCUGCUCCAGUGUUCUUUGGCAUCCACAUGAAACAUCAAAAGUUGUUUCAGCUGGAUGGGAUGGUACUAUGAAGUUAUGGGACUGAAAUGAGCAAAUACUUUAUAUGAAAAUGUACAAAUGUGUAAAUAAAUUCUAUUAUCAUUUAAAAGCUAUAUUUACUAUUUCUGCAAGGAUAAAUUUUAAAAAAAAUCCAUACUAAGCAAAUAAAAGAAAUGCUUUCUUAAACCCAUUUCUUAAUAUAAGGUAUCCACUCUAAUAGUGAUACAAUAGCUAAUUUCUAAAACAUUGAAAAAUAGAUGUAUGUUAGAGGAAAUGCUGUAAAUAAUGUUACAAAUUUAAUUGUGUUGAUAAAAAACUUUUAAAACAA